CAACGAGAAGGGGGUUGUCAACAAAGCCGAAUGAGCAUCCACCACUCCCUCUCACACAAACCUCAUAUAAAAGCCCUUGACCCCAUUAUUUAACACACACACGCCCAUACAACACAAACAAGAUUUUCCUUCUCCGCCACCCACGCCACCGCUUCCACCAACCCCACCAUCUCUUUGACGGAAACGACGUGAAGAUGAGCGACGACGAGUGGGUCAAGGAUGCGAUGACCGACGAAGCGGUGGUGGCCUGCAUGCUGCUACGGCUCCACAGAGCGCAGCCGCCUCCGCUACCGCCGCCUGCUCCAGCCAAGCCUGCUCUCCAUCUCGGCUGGACGGUGCGCCAGCGACGUUCGAGAUCGGCGCCGAGGCACGGCGAUGGGAAGAAGAAGGCCGAGGCGGCGAGGGCUAGUCCCACCACACCGCUCUCCUGGAGCGGCGGCACCUCCGUCAGCGGAGGCGUACUCGAUGGCUUCGAGGAGUCCAGCCGGCCGGCUAAGCCGACGGACGGCUCGAGAUCUAAGGUAACGGUUACGUGUGAAACGACGACGACGACGACGAGGAGCACCAAGAGGGCAAGAAAGAAAAAGUCAUUAGCUGAACUUAGAGAGGAGGAAAGUUUGCUCUUGAAGGAAAGGAGAAAUUUGAAAAAUGAACUCUCAACUUUACGUCUCACUCUUGAGAAACAGAGAGCUGCAAAUGAAAGUUGGAAGAGAAUAAAGCUUGAUUUGCAGUCACAGCAAACAAUAAAAGCUACAGCUGCUGUGGCAUCUGAGGAAGCCAUCAUCUCUGACCGACCCCAGGAAAGGGACGAAGUUUGCGACGCUGCUUCAGUCUUUCCAGCAGGCGUCAUAUGCAAUAAUCUUGGUGCUGUACCACACACAUUCCAAUCAAAAAGUUGUUCAAAAAUACAGCAAGUUAGAGACGCUGAAGCAUCGAUCUUGUUACCUGAUCUAAACCUGCCUUUUGAGGACGAAUCCGGCUCCGAGAUUUUAUAUGGAAUGAGCUAAGAAGGCCAGAUAGAUGUCUACUGAGGUUCUGUUUUCCUAAUUAAGUGGGAUCAAGAUCAUCAACUGCAUUUUUGCUUAAUAAGAUAAAGAAUGCAAUCAGUCUGACCAUGUGGUAGGUUGGGUUAUUAUAAUUGUAAGUACAAAAAACCAAUUACCUUCGCCGCCCCUUGACAUGUAGGUGCGGAUGUGUCAUUUUAUACAUGAAGGUACUGAGGGUAGUGUAGAGAUCCUAACCAUUAGUCACAGUUGCAUUUAAAAUUCUUAGGGGAUAACCCUCAAUCCUUCUGUUUCAUUUUUAGGAAUUUUUUACAAAAAAGGUGUAACUAUUCUAUAGACAAUGUGAACCUAGUUGGGUUCCUUUAGUAGAACGAUGUGAAUCUAGUUUGAUGGUAUUUCUUCUUGCAA